GAGCGGCGUUGCCCGCACGCAGGGUCCUGUCCCAGGCCGCCUGCCUACCCCACGCCUCUCAGCCCCUGACUUUCGCUGUAGGAGGCGCUGUGUCCAGUGCAACCCCCCAAAGCAGCGUCCUGUACUAAAGGUCUCUGUGGCUGUGAUGUGUAGAAUGUAAUGGGCAGCAGGCAAGAAUGGAAACAAGGAGACAGGUGGCUGUUCCGUUGGUCCAGGUACUGAUUAAGAUGAAUGGGAUUUGGAGAAAUUCUCUCUCUUGUCUAAGGAUAAGAAAGCUGCCUCGCAGAUACCAAAGUGGUUGUCACCCAGCGGCCCCUCUGGGAUCAAGGAUUUUAACUGACCCAACUAAAGUUUUUGAGCACAACAUGUGGGAUCAUAUGCAAUGGUCAGAAGAAGAAGAAGCAGCGGCCAGAAAAAAAGUAGAGGAAAACUCGGCUGUGCGAGUCCUUCAGGAAGAGCAAGUUAAGUAUGAGAGUGAAGCUAAUAAAUAUUGGGAUACAUUUUACAAGAUUCAUAAGAAUAAGUUUUUCAAGGAUCGAAAUUGGCUGUUGAGGGAAUUUCCUGAAAUUCUUCCAGUUGCUCAACAAACUGAAGAGAAGACAAAAGAAUUGUCAUGGGACCAUGUAAAAACUGAUGCUGCAAAUUGUUUCUCGAGAAAGCACUGUCCUGUGCCUGAAGAAAGAAAUUGUAAGGAAAGUUCUACCUUGUCAGAUGGUCAAAGUGAGGCGGAAUCUGAUUUUUCCAACCUCGGCCCUGAAGCACACAGAAAAGGACCCCUGGAGACUGAGUCUUUUCCUGGUAGCAGAGCCACAUUCCGGAUCCUGGAGGUUGGCUGUGGUGCUGGAAAUAGCGUUUUUCCAAUUCUGAACACUUUGCAGAAUGCUCCAGAGUCUUUUCUUUACUGUUGUGAUUUUGCUUCUGGAGCUGUGGAGCUGGUAAAGUCACACCCAUCCUACAGAGCAGCCCAGUGUUGCGCCUUCGUGCGCGAUGUUUGUGAUGACCGCGUGCCCUACCCCUUCCCGGACGGGGCCCUGGACGUCGUCCUCCUCCUCGUCUUUGUGCUCUCUUCUGUCCACCCCGACAGGAUGCAAGGUGUUGUAAACCAAUUGUCCAAGCUGCUGAAACCUGGUGGAAUGCUGCUAUUUCGGGACUAUGGGAGAUAUGAUAAGACUCAGCUGCGUUUCAAAAAGGGGCAUUGUUUAUCUGAAAAUUUUUAUGUUCGAGGAGAUGGUACCAGAGCCUAUUUCUUUACAAAAGGGGAAGUCCACAAUAUGUUCUGCAAGGCUGGGUUAGACGAGAAGCAAAAUCUGGUUGAUCGUCGCUUACAAGUUAAUAGGAAAAAACAAGUGAAAAUGCACCGAGUGUGGGUUCAAGGCAAAUUCCAGAAACCAUUACACUUGACUCAAAAAAGCUCCCAGUUGGUAUUUUCACACCAUUCUCAUAGCUGAGCUAUGUACCAUGUUAAGGUACAAACCAGAAGACUACAUGAUUCAAAGACUUCCAUAAAUUUUUCAUUUUUGAAAAGACAAUCAGAAGAAGAAAAUGCAUAGACUCUGCUGUUUAUCGUGGGUGAACUUUUGUAUAUUCUAACCAUAUGUAAAUGAUUUGGAAGAGUACACCAUAUUCUGUGUUUUCAAAACUUAAUAUGAUCAAGCUUGUUUGGGUUUAUGAUGUCUAACCAUUUUGUUUGUUUGAAUUUUGUAAGCAUUCAAUUAAAUUACUGUUAUAAGUCAGAUGAUUCUGAGAAACCGUAACCUUUUAUUUUUUAGAAGUGGAAAAAAUCACCUACUCUACAUAUUAGUCAAACAGCAAAAUUUCGCCCCCCUCCAGUGUUAUCUGGUAGCAGAGAGACAGCUCACCUUGUUUCCAGAGAAAAUCACACACCCAAGGCAGAGGUGUGGUGUCUUUUGUUUUGUUGUCUGUUUUCCCCAAAACUUUUUUUAAAUUCAGAGACUAAUGUCUGAAAUAGAAUUUUAGUUUCUCUUUCCUUUUCUAAUAUUGGGGAAGUAUGACCCAUGCUAAUCAACAUUAUUUUCAGAUUAUUAGGUGUACAGGUUGUUGUAAAUUCUACAUAAGACAACUGUUAUACCCAAGAAAAAUUUUAAAUUGUAGCAAUUAAAAAUUUACUUACCACCCUGCCUCAAAAAGGAUAUAAAUUGGCUUACACGUUGCACAUUAUUAGAAUGGAGUUUCUAAAAUUGGUUUUCCAUUUGUUACUAAGUACUUACAUUGUGCUGAGUCUUGUGGAAUAAUACAAUGAACACAGACAGACCCAGCCCUGUCUUCAGAGGGUAUAAUAUAAAUAGUAUCUAGCUGGCAAAAUAAAAUGUGCACAUCCCAAGCCUCUAAAUCAGGAUUUAAGAUAAUAUAUGAACAAGUGCUCAAAUGGGGAGCUUAACAACUAGUGGACAUUGAUUAUGAGUGACAGAAAUCUGGAAGAAAUGGACACUCUUAAAUAAUUCAGUUCCCACUGUUGUUCCUUUUUUGAAUUUACUUAACAUUCAACUUCCUGGAAGAAUGUGAUUGGUCCAGUUUAGGUCAUGGAUUAUCUUUUAAUAGGCUGGGGCAGAGCAGCUUAAUUGUUGGUACCACCACAAUGUAUAGAAUGGAGGAAAGUUCCUCAAAGGAAAAUUAAGACACUGUUAUUUAAAAAGGGAGGCAUGCUGCCCAGCCACAAACAACACAUCACACAGCAGUGGUCCUAGCAGUAACAGUGGUUCUGAGAAAUAACAGUGGUUCAGAAAGGUCUCUGUGGGAAGGAAGGGGGAAGAACCAGGGCCCUGGGAGGGGCAGGUCCCAGGCUAGUCCUUGGAUGUGCUCUCUCAGAUGGUGAGAAAAGGCUUAUAUCUGGUGUGGGACAUUCAUGAUGAAGAAUGGCGGGGAAAAGAUGGGGAGGGACUCGGCCCAUUAUAGAAAGACUGGAAUUCUAGUCUCCAGACUGGAGCCAUCUGAGGUUUGUUGGUUUCUCUUUUAUCCGAGUCACAACAUGUCAUCAGAGUAUCUAGAGCAGUCGAGUAAGGGGUCAUCUGUGGAAUGAAAAGCAAGGAGGCAGGGCAAGGAAGACUAUGUAAAGGUUUUUGUGCCCAGUUGCUUGGUAGCAAGUCUUCACAAGUACAAUAUCAAGGUAUGUUUAAACAUGCAUCAGUCAGUAAAUGUAAAACUUAAAAUUUGCCUGAGACUCUUAAUUCAGUUGUACUUCAUAACUAAAAUGCACAUUUAAAAGCCAAACUAGUGAUGAAAGUAUUACAUAGCACAAGGGCAGUUAGAUAAGUUAAUGUUGCUAUGGGAACCUCAGGAGAUCUUGUGUCUCAAUUUAAAAAUCAUGGCCCAAGGUGGUUUGGAAAACAACAGAAGGUAAAAUUAUUCUCACAUUCUCACACAUGUAAAUUGUACUGUCUCUCUUAGUCCUAAAUAGCAGAUUCAAGCCAGCCUCUUGACUGGCACAGUGAAAUUCAUCUUCGCCUCUUUCUAUAGUGUAUUACAGCAUGUAGUUAACCUUUAGAAACUUCAAAAAUACAUCCACCAAAUUUGGACUGUGAGACACAAACUGUCCUCCUUUGGGCUCUGUCUAGUAUAGACCUAUUCCCCGUAGCUGCUCAGUGGGGCCAUUUCUACCCGUGUCUGAAGCUUGGUGGUCAGCCCUUCUCUCCAUUAGUCUACCUGAGUCAAACCCCACCUCCCCCACCCCACCGACUUCGAGUUUCCUGCUAGACAAAGUGUAGAUUUUUGGCAGAGGGG